UUUAAUUCUUUAUUUGUUUUCAGGUGUAUGUCAAAGCUGUGCCAACAUGAGUUCCGUCGAGCAACCAUGUUACACGCUGAUCAACUUCCCUUCAGAUUCGGAACCACCAAAUGAGAUGCAAUUGAAAGCAGAUCUAGAGAAAGGUGACAUCAAAUCAAAGAUUGAGGCUUUGAAGAAAACUAUUCACAUGAUAGCAAAUGGAGAAAGACUUCCAGGUCUUCUGAUGAUUAUCAUCCGAUUUGUGCUGCCCUUACAAGAUCACACGAUAAAGAAGCUUUUGCUCAUCUUCUGGGAAAUUGUCCCCAAGACAUCACCUGACGGGAAGUUGUUGCAAGAAAUGAUAUUGGUCUGCGAUGCUUACCGCAAGGACUUGCAACACCCAAAUGAGUUCUUGCGAGGGUCCACGCUGAGGUUUCUGUGUAAACUGAAGGAGCCAGAGUUACUGGAGCCUCUGAUGCCAGCCAUCCGAGCCUGUUUGGAGCACAGACAUUCCUAUGUGCGCAGGAACGCUGUCCUUGCUAUUUUUACUAUCUACAGGAACUUUGAAUUCCUUAUCCCUGACGCGCCAGAACUCGUAGCAAACUUUCUGGAGGGAGAGCAGGACAUGUCCUGUAAGCGCAAUGCCUUCUUGAUGUUGCUCCAUGCGGACCAAGAGAGGGCUCUGGCAUAUCUUGCAUCCUGUCUCGACCAGGUCAACUCCUUUGGAGACAUUCUGCAGCUUGUUAUUGUGGAACUCAUUUACAAGGUGUGUCAUGCCAAUCCUUCAGAGAGAUCCAGGUUUAUCCGUUGCAUCUACAAUCUGCUCAACUCCAACAGUGCAGCUGUGCGUUAUGAGGCUGCAGGCACCUUGGUGACGUUGUCUACAGCUCCUACUGCCAUCAAGGCAGCAGCAUCUUGUUAUAUAGAUCUGAUAGUGAAGGAGAGUGACAACAACGUGAAGCUGAUAGUGUUGGAUCGUCUCAUUGCUCUGAAGGAACACCCGGCACAGGAACGAGUCCUUCAGGAUCUAGUCAUGGACAUCUUGCGAGUCUUGGCCAGCCCUGAUUUGGAAGUGCGCAAGAAAACUUUGAAUCUCGCAAUGGAGUUGGUGUCGUCACGCAAUAUCCAGGAGAUGGUGUUAGUGCUAAAAAAAGAAGUAACCAAAACUCACAAUAUUGGUGAACAUGAAGAUACUGGGAAAUAUCGCCAGCUUUUGGUUCGGACCUUGCACUCAUGCUGCAUCAAGUUUCCUGAUGUUGCCGCUACCGUGAUUCCAGUGUUAAUGGAAUUCUUGUCAGACACCAAUGAGAUUGCAGCAGCUGAUGUGCUUAUAUUUGUGCGAGAAGCCAUCCAGAAGUUUGAUUCCUUACGUCCUCUCAUUUUAGAGAGGCUUCUCGAUGCGUUUGCCACAAUAAAAUCUGUGAAAGUCCAUCGAGCAGCGCUGUGGAUCCUUGGAGAGUACACAACAACGGCAGAAGACAUCCAGACUGUCAUGAGUCAAGUGAGACAAACACUAGGAGAGAUACCACUGGUUGAGGACGAGUUGAAGAGGGUGUCAGGUGAGAAGGUGGAAGAGGAAGCUAUCCCAGGUCCUAGUUCCGCUGUCACCAAACUGGUCACCUCUGAUGGCACGUAUGCCACACAGUCUGCCUUCAACACUACAUACAUAACAUCCAAGAAGGGCGAGAUUCGGCCUCCGCUACGGCAAUACCUAAUGGAUGGAGACUUCUUUAUUGGGGCUGCACUGGGAACUACCCUUGCUAAGCUUGCUCUUCGCUACAGUUCACUUCCCUCUGUUGAUGCCAAGAAAGCAAACAACUUCUCUGCUGAGUCUAUGCUUAUUAUGUCCUCCAUCCUGCACCUUGGAAAGUCUGGUCUGCCAACAAAGAACAUGACAAAUGAUGACGGUGAGCGUAUCUUGGUGUGCCUACGAGUGCUGUCUUCUCGCCUGCCAGGAGUCACAGACAUCUUCACGCACAAUUGUCGACAAGCUCUAUCCUCCAUGCUGACAGCUAAGGCUGAGGAAGAGGCCAGCACUCAGAAGGCAAAGGAGAAGCCAGGUCACAAGGUACAGGCCGACGACCCCAUCUCAUUCCUGCAGUUGUCAACGAUGCGGGGAGCGGAGCUGGGUGGGGCAGAAAAUGUGUUCGAGCUGAGUCUCAGCCAGGCAGUGGCAGGUGGUGGGGGUCUAGGCGGGGCCCCUCCUCCCCUAUCCGCCACCAAACUCAACAAGGUCACUCAACUGACAGGUUUCUCGGACCCUGUGUAUGCUGAGGCCUACGUUCACGUGAACCAGUAUGACAUUGUGUUGGAUGUCCUUAUAGUUAACCAAACUGCUGACACGCUACAGAACUGCACGCUGGAGCUAGCUACCCUUGGGGACCUCAAGCUGGUAGAGAAGCCUCAGCCUGUGGUUCUGGCUCCUCACGACUUCUGCAACAUUAAGGCAAAUGUCAAGGUCGCCUCCACAGAGAACGGGAUCAUCUUUGGCAAUAUUGUGUACGAUGUGAGUGGUGCGGCAUCAGAUCGCAAUGUGGUGGUGCUCAACGAUAUCCACAUAGACAUCAUGGACUACAUUGUGCCAGCCUCAUGUACAGACACAGAGUUCCGCCAGAUGUGGGCAGAGUUCGAGUGGGAGAACAAGGUCUCAGUCAACACCAACCUGACAGACCUGCACGAAUAUCUGAAACAUCUCUUGGCGAGCACCAACAUGAAGUGUUUGACACCUGAGAAGGCACUGUGUGGCCAGUGUGGAUUCAUGGCUGCCAACAUGUAUGCCCGUUCCAUCUUUGGUGAGGAUGCAUUGGCCAACCUGAGUAUAGAGAAACCUUUCAACAAGCCAGACGCUCCAGUCACAGGACACAUCCGUAUCAGGGCUAAGAGUCAGGGAAUGGCUCUAAGUCUAGGAGACAAGAUCAACAUGACUCAGAAGAGGCCACAGAAGGCUAUGGGUGCUUGAAUAGUUUAGUAGCAGCAUUUUGUUCUUUAUUCCAUAUUUGGUAUUUAUCUAUAUUGUCCAUUCACAAUAUAAAAUAAAUGAUUCUUAUCAUAGAAA